GGAAGGACCCACCAGCCUUUUAGUUCCAAUUCAAACCCGAAUGACUUGUUGGGUUUUGGUCUUACAUUUUCUCAGCUGCCAAAAAUUGGGUUACUGAUUUCCUGGGGGAAAUUUGAGUGCUUUCUAGCUUAAUUUCUGCUGGGAAUAUUUAGCAGUGUUAUUGACAGUAAUGGCUGGGCCUGGACUAUGGUGGACUUGGAGGGUGCUUGGGUCUCUGCUGUUGGUGCCAGGAAUUCUGGGUUGGGGCAAAGAAGGCCACUUCGCAAUUUGCAAGAUAGCAGAGGGCUUUCUGAGUAAAGAUGCCCUGGCUGCAGUAAAAGAAUUGCUUCCAGCGUCUGCCGCGGGUGAUCUUGCUGAAGUUUGUUCCUGGCCUGAUGAGAUUCGAUACCAUUUGCGGUGGAGUAGUGCUUUACAUUAUGUUGACACACCAGAUUUUUUGUGUAACUACAAAUAUUGCAGAGACUGUCACGACCCUGCUGGACAUAAAGAUAGAUGUGUGACCGGAGCAAUUUACAACUAUACAAUGCAACUCUUUUCAGCUUAUCGUGACUCCAUCUCAGAAUCAAAGUACAACUUAACUGAAGCACUUAUGUUCUUGGCUCAUUUUAUUGGGGAUGUCCAUCAGCCCCUACAUGUUGGCUUCACUGGAGAUGCCGGCGGGAACACAAUAAUAGUCCGAUGGUAUCGCAGGAAGACGAAUCUCCACCAUGUCUGGGAUAAUAUGAUCAUUGAAUCUGCUGUAAAGACAUUCUAUAGUAAAGAUCUUGCAAUCAUGAUAAAGGCCAUUGAAAGUAAUAUUACGGAUGGCUGGCCCAAUGAUAUAUCAAAAUGGCAAAUUUGUGCAAAUAAUCAGACUGUAUGUCCAAAUGAAUAUGCUUCUGAAAGCAUUAGUUUGGCAUGCAAAUAUGCUUACAGAAAUGCCACACCAGGAAGCACACUGACAGAUGAUUACUUCCUUUCUCGGCUACCUGUUGUGGAGAAGAGGAUAGCUCAAAGUGGGGUCCGCCUGGCUGCUACCCUCAAUCGUGUUUUCUCGUCUGAAGCAAAAAUUGCUGAAGCAUGAAGGUAGAGGAUAGAGGAUAGGGAUGCAUCUUCGGAAGAUCACCUAUAGUGGGGCCCACCAUUGUUGCUUAAAAGCGUCAAGUUCCCCAUACGCAAGACCUCCCUCAUGUAUCAAAUUAGUGAAGUCUUAAUGUAUUCCUAAUAUGUUGAUGAUGCCCCUAAUAUGCCAGAAUAUGCCCAACACCUCAUCCCAUCUGGCUUGUGUUAAAGAAUCAAUCAGAGACUGACUUUUGGUUUGGGGUACUUAAAAUAGUUGGAAGACCAAACUUGUACUCAUUGAAUAACUUGAAUGACUUGUAAAUAUAAGCAACCAAGUCCCUCUGUCGGGCCUAUAAAUUAUCAGUAUUGUGUCAUCAUAUUGAGGAACAAAUUAGUUGGUUUUUUUCUCAGCAGAUAGAAAUUAAGAUGGACAGGUAUAGAUGCUUUGGGGGAUUUUCCCUUCA